AAAUAAAGACAGAAAUAAAUAGCUUCACACUGAUCUAUCGGCGAAACAGUGUUCGAAUUUUCCGGGAGGAAAUCUGAGUGUUUGGAUUCUCCGAUCGGAGAGGUUGCUGGCGGCGGUGAAGUGGACCCCACCAAUUUCCCGAUAAGUGGAGGAACUUUGUCUUUGUCAAUUCUCGACACAGUUUUUUGUGUAUAUUUAUGAGCACGAGAUCUCGAAAUUCCCAUAACAGUUUGACUUUUGGGAUAGAUUGGAGGUGGGAAUGAGGCAGAAAGGUCAUAUAUUUGAUGGUUUUGUGAUCCUGGUGUUUCUGCUCUCAGUUUCUACCAUAACAAAGGCUACAGAGGGCAAAGAUGGCUUCAAGCAGUGCGAACACAUUGUCAAGCAGUGGGCUUCUUCUUCACUCGAUUUGGAAGUCAAAAAUGACAAACAUGUCUUGCAGAACUUGCUCUUUUUUCUUCAUGUCCCCAGGACUGGAGGGCGAACAUAUUUUCAUUGUUUUCUUAAAAAGCUUUAUGCCAGUUCUUUAGAGUGUCCACGUUCGUAUGAUAAGUUAAGGAUUGAUCCAAGAAAACCAAAAUGCCGCUUGUUGGUUACUCAUGACGACUACAGCAUGAUGAACAAACUUCACAAGGAUGAAACUUCUGUGGUGACAAUACUUAGGAAUCCAAUUGACCGUGUUUUUAGUGCCUACGAGUUUUCCGUGGAGGUAGCAGCCAGGUUCUUGGUUCACCCUAACUUAACAUCUGCCACCAAAAUGUCUGGACGGCUGCGUUCAAAAAAUACAAUAAGCACUCUAGAUAUCUGGCCAUGGAAGUAUUUGGUCCCUUGGAUGAGAGAAGAUCUAUUUGCUCGAAGGGAAGCAAGAGAACAAAAUGGUCAUUCUGUUGUUACAAGCACUAAUCCAUAUGAUACGAAGGAGAUGGUGAUGCCUCUACAUGAGUAUAUCAACAACCCCAUUGCUCGGGAUAUCAUUCACAACGGAGCCACAUUUCAGGUCGCAGGACUUACAAACAACUCCUAUCUGACAGAGGCACAUGACGUUCGUCACUGUGUACUGAAGUAUCAGUCUCUUGGAGAUUAUGUGCUUAAGGUUGCAAAGAAGAGAUUGGAUGAUAUGUUGUAUGUUGGACUCACAGAGAACCACAAAGAAUCAGCCACUAUGUUUGCAAAUGUAGUUGGUACUCAGGCAAUUUCACAGUUCACUGGAUCAACAUCACAUGGAGAUCAUACUGCUAAGAACAGCUCUGAACAGGGUUCUUCACUGCUAGAAUCUGAUUUUGAUACAACUUAUCACCAUAGCAACAGCACAUACCAAAAGCCCAAUCAAAUCUCAGCAGCUGAUCAAGGUGAAGCAACAAAGGAAAAUAUGACUGCAGGAAAACUCAUGGAUGCAUAUGAGAGCUGCAUUUCGAACUUAAGGAAGACCCAGUCUGAAAGACGUGUAAAUUCUCUAAAGAAAAUUGAUCCAGCAAAUUUUACAAAGGAGGGACGUCGUCAGGUGUCUGAAGCCCUUCUUCAGGAGAUGACAUCAUUAAAUCACCUCGACGUGGAGCUUUAUAAAUAUGCCCAGACGAUCUUUGCAAAUCAACACAAACGCAUGUUAGUGAACAAGGUUGUCACGAACCAGUUGGACAGUGGCUUUGACGAUUCAUAUCGUGCAUUUUCUUGGGAAGCCAUCUGUAUUGCCGUUUCCGUGGUGUUUGUGGCUCUAUUUGCUGUCCUAUUUGUAACUGCAAAAAGAAGAACAUCAAAACUUAAGUUAUGAUACCACCAACAUAAAUGAUCCAUAAAAAAAGAUAGAGAAAUUGAAUAGGAAGAUUGAAAAAAGUUAGCUCAGGUAGCAUGUAAGAUUGCUCAAGCCUCAUUAGUGGAGAGGGAACUACACUCACAUGCAAUUUUGUGGGUAAAAGCAAAAGCUUAUUGUAAAAUUUUAUGCUUUUUAUAUCAGUUUUCUGUUCUCUUAUUUUUCA